AUGAACAACAUUGCUCCAGCAGCAGCAGCAGCAGCAGCAACACCACAACAUCAUCAUCAUCAAGGUUACAUGGCUCAUCAAGCUGCCAGUGUCAGCCAGUUCCCUUUACAGCCUUCUUACUCCUGCAUCAGCACUGCUAACCUGAAUGCAAAUCAUCAACCAUUUGCCAACCAGGCUCCUCCUGCUUUAAGCAAUAAUACCCAACAGAAUAUCCAGCCUCUUCCUUCAAUCUUUGUUGCACCAGGACAAGCAAGAAGCAGCCAGGCCUAUGAUCAGUUCUAUCCCGCUUACUAUGGCUGUGCAUUCUCCAUCAACAACAACAACAACAACAGCAGCAGCAGCAGCAGCAGUAAUAGUCAAGCAUUUCCACAGCAAGCUUCUCAAGCUGAUUAUACUCACUGCAGUUCCUACUCUUAUCAACCAUCGUUGUACACUACGGCAACCUUGCCCACGCAAAAUGCGUUGCCAUCUCAAUCAUUCAGCUCUCCACAGCGCUAUCCUCCAAGCCCAGCGUCAAUGUCGGAUAAAAGCUCGAUUUCGUCAGCUUCGUCUUCCUCCUCGUCGACUUUGUCGAUUGCAUCUUACUCACAGCCAAACUAUCUCCCAUUCUCACACCUGCACACAAACACCUCCAACAUUGACUACUCGUCGAUAGUGUCGUACACCAUAUCGCCUUCAUUAAAGCGGAAGUGGAAACAAAGAAGAUCCAACGUGGUGUCCCCUGCAACAAGCCCACUAGACUCAACUGAAACUUUCCCCUGUCCUCAGUGCGACAAGGUUUUCAAAAAACCAUACAAUUUGAAGUCACACAUGAAGACUCACUCGGUCGAGAAACCUUUCCAAUGCUCACAUUGUCCAAAGUCAUUUGCAAGAAGCCACGACAAAAAGAGACACGAAGUCUUGCACCAGGGAGUCAAGAACUUUAAAUGCGAAGGCUAUUUACAAGAUGGCACCACCAGGUGGGGCUGUGGCAAGAAAUUUGCUAGAAGCGACGCUUUAUCUCGUCAUUUCAGAACUGAAACUGGUUGGUUGUGCAUUCGACCAUUGAUGGAUGAAGCUAAGAAGUUGGAAGAGCAGGGCAUUUCAACUAACUUGACUUCCAAUGGGGGCAGUCAACAGGACGGCGCUGGCGCCGUUCCUGUCUCUGCUGCCGUUGCUGCCCCUUCCUACGCUGAAUACAGGUCAACUGCAGAUGACGAGUUUUAUGACAACUCGCAUUUGAUCAAGAGAUUCAUCUACAACAAGUAA